AUGAAAAUUGACAUCGAUAAAAUUAUAAUUCGUAACAAAGAAAAUAAGACGUAUACAAUCUCAUGUUAUUCAAGGACUGACAUGAUUUCAUUAUUGGUUAUGUAUCAAAGGAAAGAAUUAUCUUUAUGCUUAUUUGGAUAUAAAAAUGAAAUAAGGAUUCCAUUUGAUCAAUUAAAAGGGAUCAAAUAUGAUGAAGGAAUCUUUGGUAUCGUGAUGAAUCAUGGUUUUCGUAGAACGUAUUACGAACAUUCCGAUAAAUUUCCUUACAUCAAAAGUCCUUUGAUGUCAACAGAAGAUCCGACGAGAGGAAUAAUUACUGACGCAGUGGAAUUUCAAAUGUUUCCAAAAAACACGGAACAUCCGAACAGAUUGAUUAUAUUGGAAGCGGGACUCAAUAGAAUAUGUUUUAAAGAUGAUGAGAAUGAAUUCUCGAAAGAUUCCAAUUUGAUUCAAGGAGUUAAUAAUUCUUUUCCACGAAUAAAAUUUGAGAAAUUUAAUUUCUCACCGUCAUGGAUCGAAUAUUAUGAUCCAAUGGUUGGUGAGAAAAUUUCCGUAACUAUUGAACAAGAUUGGGAUUUGGCUAAAAGUAUAAAUUCUAGAAUGAAGAAACCACAACCAAGUUCUUUUAUUGAGAUUUAUUUAUAUUGA